AUGGAUAAAAAGAUUGUUAAUUGGGCAACCAAAGCUUUGUCUUUUGCUGGUCGGUUACAACUUAUUAACUCGGUUCUCUCUUCGAUGCAUAUCUAUUGGGCCUCUGUGUUCAUUAUUCUGGCCAGAGUUGUUAAGGACCUUGAGAAGCGUAUUCGUAGAUUCUUAUGGAAUGCAGGUUCGGAUGGUAGAAUUCGUGCUAUGGUCGCUUGGGAAGCAGUGUGUUUGCCGAAGAAUGAGGGUGGCUUGGGCAUUAGAAGUAUUUCGGAUGUCAAUAAAUCGCUUAUGGCAAACCAUAUUUGGAGUAUUAUAACUAACCGGGAUUCUAUUUGGGUUCGGUUGAUUCAUGAUUAUAAGCUUAAAGGUCGGAACUUUUGGGAGAUUCCAUGCCGUGGGAGUAUGAGUUGGGGAUGGCGAAAGAUUUUAUCUAUUCGUCAUACUAUUCGGCCUCACAUAUGGUCUUCCGUUCAGAGUGGUGCUCAAACCAAUGUUUGGAGUGAUAUGUGGUGUUCGCUAAGUCCGCUUAGUGCUUUUAUUUCUCCUCGGGCCAUUGCUAAUGCCGGUUUCUCGUUACAAUCUUCUGUUGCGGAUGUUAUUGAUCAGAAUGGUCAUUGGAAGUGGCCGCAAGCUUGGUUGGAUCUCUUUCCGGUAUUAUUUACGCUCUCAGUUCCGAAUCUUGUUCCUAGUUCCAUUGAUCGUUUGGUGUGGAAGGAUUUGGAUGGGAAAAUGUGCGAGUUCCAAUCGGCUCAGGUUUGGAAUACUAUUCGGAAUAGGGAGAAUCAGGACCGGUUGACAGUUUGGGAAGCAGGCAGCCUCACAAAUUUAAAUUUGAUGUGCUGUCCGUUAUGUUACGCGGAUCGUGAGAGUCGGGAUCACUUGUUUUUCCGUUGUUCUUUUGCGGAUCAAGUGUGGAGUAAUGUUAAGACUUUCGUUCAGUUGGGGAGCGUGGAUAACUCUUGGGAUUCGUUAUUACAUUGGGUGGAUCAACAUUCCAGCUCUAAGAAAGCGGAUUAUGUUGUUUGUAAAUUGCUGAUUGCUGCUUCGUCUUACUACAUUGGGCAAGAGAGGAAUAACAGGAUUUUUAAAAAUCAUAAGAGAACGGUAGAUCAAGUGGUCGAGGUAAUUAAAAACUCGGUUCGUUUGCGUCUGAUGGGAUUCAGAUUUCGGGUGGCUUCAACUAAGAAAAGGAUUUUCAAGUUGUGGAAGAUUGAAGAGAAUGAAGAUAAUGUAGCGAAGCCAGGCUAA